CGCGGCGGCCGGGCCAUGGCGGCGCGGCUGCUGCGCGGCUGCGGGCGGGCGGCGGCGACGGGCUGGGCCCCGGUGCUCCGCGGCCUCCCCGCCGCGCCCGGGCUGGGCCCCCGCCGCGGCUGCGGGGAGGCGGCGGGGCUGCGGGCCAUGGGCUUCAGCGAAGAGCAGGCCCGGCGGCUCCUGGGGCUGCAGCCCCGCCUCGGCCCGACGCGGCGGGAGGCGGCGGCGGCGGAGCUGCUGCUGCUGGGGCUGAGCGCCGAGGCCGCCCUCGAGCUGCUGGAACGGAGCCCGGCGCUGCUGCGGAUGCCGACGGAGCGGCUGCGGGAGCGCGCCGAAGAGCUGCGGCGCCUGGGGCUGGACGGAGGUCAGCUGCGGCGGGCGGUGAGCCGCUGCCCCCAGCUCUUCACCCUGCCCCGGAGGAGGAUGGCGGCGGCGGUGCGGCUGCUGCGGGAGCAGUGCCUCUUCACGGCCCAGCAGCUGAGGGAGGUGCUGGGGAGCUGCCCCGCCGUGCUGCUGGAGGAGCCGCGCCGCCUCCACCACCACUUCCAGUACGCCUACUUCAGGAUGGGGAUCCAGCAGAAGGAGAUGGUGAGGGCCCGUCUCUUCCGAAUGCCCUUCGGCGAGCUCAGGAACCGGCACAUCUUCCUGGAGCGCCGGGGGCUCUACCAGACCCCACACAAAGGCCAGACCCAAAGCAGUAACCCGAAACUGAGGGACAUCCUUCAGCUCCCAGAGAAAGACUUCCUGGCCAGCCUGGCCCUCGCCUCCCCGGAGGAGUACGAGGUCUUCAAGAAGCUGCUGGCUCGAGAGGAGGAAGAGGAGGAGGAGGAGGAGGAGGAGGAGGAGGAGAGGGAUGCACUGUACACAGAGGAAGAUGAAGACUUGGACAGUGAGGGAAGUAAAACAGCCCGGGAGUGAGGAGGUGAGGCUCCAGGGUGCCUGAGCUCUUCAAACACUGCCCCACUGCACACAGAGGGGCUCUGGGCCCCCACCCCACAUGGGCACGAGCUGUGGUGGCCACAGGCCUGUGCCAAGGGGGCAGCAAUAAAUCCCACGUAUCAGCAUACAACAAUAACCCUCAUUCUUCCUCAUUGACCAGCUCACUUAAAAACAAGCCAUAGCGUUUCCAUGAAGUGUUUUUACUUAAAAAAAAAAAAAAAAUCUAACCAAAAUAACUAAUUUAUUUCCAAAGCUAGGUUAAAACCUUCUGGCUGCAUUACACAUUGUGCUGGCUGCGGGGUGGGAGGCGACGAGCUACUGUGCUGGGCCACAGCGGGGCCAUGCUUCCCAGCGCUGGCUGGGCCCAGGGGCUGCACUUGGAACAGGACUCUCCCAGGGCAGCUGGUCUCGUGGCUGACAAGGCAGGGGCGAAAAUGCUUUCCGACUGUAGCCCCAAGCCCACCCCCCCCCAGAUAGCAGAGGCUGUGCUGGCUUUCCCCUUACCCUGCUCUUCGGGCAAGGGCUGGCUUCUUCUGAUGCCCUGGGGGAAGGCAGGGCUCUGGCACUUGCCUUGUGGCAGGGGGGCUGGAGCAGUGUCAGGCAGCCUUAAAAGAGAAUGAGGUUAUGUCCAUCUUCAUCUCUUGAUUCUCCUCUGGGAGCAGAGCUGGAGCCCCCGCAGGCCGGGAGCAUCACGGCGGCCAGCUGGUUGGGGUUUUGCAUCGUCCCUGCUGCUCUCAGGCUGCUGCUGCGUGCCUCAGCGGCCACUGCUCCAGGAGGGAGAGGUGCCAGGAUCACCAAAACUCCCAGGCCUGUUCCGCUCCAAGAGCGUCUUCAGGGCUGCAGCUCAACCAAAGUGCCUGUGACACUGGCGGGAGGCCAGGCUGCCCCCCACACUGCAGGGGAAAUAACACUCUAUACCAUAACUAUGA